AUGCGAAUUUACCCGCCGGGCACGGCGUUAUUUAUCGACGGCAAAUGUUUUUGCGACGGAAUAGACGAGAUCAUCCACGAAUACGUUCCACCACCGCCAACGGGUUACAAUAAUAACAACGACAAUGAUAAUCGUUACUCCGAGUCGCCUUCGAGAACCGCCACGGACCGUCACCGUCCCGGGGCCGAUCGCACGAUAAUCGGAAACUACGGGUCUCUAGUGUUCUCGGGCGACGUCCGAGUGUUGAAUCUGCUGAACGUGAACAACGACGGCGGUAAAUAUUUGUGUUGCAACUGCCCGUCUCCGUCGCGGAGGACCAACAAAAACGGCGACGGGACAAUUGCGGCCGCAUUGCUCGCGAAUCCGCGCUCCUCCACGGUGAAGUUUCCGGGUUCGGUAUCCAACGGCGACGGGACAAUUGCGGCUACACUGCUCCCGAAUCCGCACUCCUCCACGGUGAAGUUCCCGGGUUCGGUAUCCAAUGCCGACAGGAUGGUUGCGCGCGCGGCCGGCCAUACUGCAGCGACCACGACGAGUCCGGAAAAACUUACCGUCGGCGAACCGAACGUAGUUGGCAAACCGAACGUAGUUGAUGAACCGAACGUCUUCGGCGAACGCCAUUACGAUAUCGCCGGGCCAAAAGUCGGACAGACCCUCGCCGAGAUCGCGCUGAAGACACCGACCGAUGUGUCGGUGUCGACGUCUACGCCGCGUGACAACGACGGUCGCCGUCCGACUACCGCGGGCGGUCAUUCCGCGCCGUCGUCGCCAUAUUCGGGUGCAGCAUCGACGGCGGGCGACACCGAGCUCGAUCCAGGCUGGGCGGACGUGUGGGACUCGCCGCGGGACGACGGCGAAUCUUCCGGCGUGGACAUCGACCGCGGAUUUUCUACGGCCGCCGAUUCGACGACCGGCCGCUUUUCGAAAUAUACGGCGGCGGCGGGACCUGAGACCGCUACCGCAAUAAUCACCGUUACGAGUGCGGAAAACGCGACGUCGAACGUCGACGGUAAAGAGUAUCGCGGCGGCGACAUUCGUUUGGACGGUACGGUAACACGUGGUCCCUCCAAUCCAAACCUUUUCGAGUUGUUCACGGCCGGGCCGGCAGAGAGGCCCGCCACGGGAAUUCUCGCCGUCGCCGGUCCGAAAAACACCGUCGUUAAUACUCCCGAGAAGACCGGCCCGUGCUGUCGGUGUAACGGACGUACCGUGGUCGUACACGUCGAAGAUGAUGUGAGAACGUUCGUGUUGAAAUGCAACGGCCGCCGUCACCGCAGCCGCUGCGGACAAAAACCGACAAUUUCGACCAAUGCUGGUCGGCAACUAGUAAGCCGUAAGGGGCGGAACGUCAUUAUCGGUUAG